AUGUUUUCUUUUGCUGAUUUAAGAGAUUUAAUCAAUAGAGAUAAAGUAUCAUUUUUCAUAAAUCUCUUAGCCAAAAGCAUUGAAUAAGCAUAAUCCAUACUACUCAUAUGAUUCCUCAAGUCCUUCUAGAAGGGAUAUUCUAAUCUAAUGGAUUAUCACAGUAUUAAUUUAAUAUUAUAAUUAGCAAUCGUCUUAAUUCUAACAUUCAAUAAAAACUUUAGAACUGACUGUCCUUAUUAUUGAUACAUACUUAAAUUAUUUUAAUAUCUCUACAGAAUACCUUUAACUCUUGGGAAUAUCAGCAUAUUCAAUAGCCUCAAAAGUAUGCAUACUUUCUUAUAGUACUAGUUUUAUGAGACAGAAAUCUUGUCAUAAAUUAAAUUGUAUAAUCAAGAAAGCUAAGCACUAUACAAUGAUGAGGAAUAUGAUGAAAUGGAGGAGUAAAUUUUGAAAGCCAUGGGAUAUUAAUUGAAUCUUAUAACAUCAUCAGAUUAUUUAUUAGCUAUGAAUGUAGAAGUAGAUGAAAAUGUUUAGAAUUUAUUAAUGUUCCUUCUUAUGGGUAUAAUAAUCAAAUAAUAUGUAAAUAGACUUCGAAAUUUAUCAAUAUUCUAAUUUUGAAUUGGCAUUGGCAAUCAUGCACUAUCAAAAUGAUACAAGACUUGUUUUUUCAGAGAAAAUUCUCAUCGUAUCUUAAUUAAUUCAUAAAAAAUUAAUUAAAGCUCAAGAAAUCUAAUGUGACAAAUAUGAACAGGAAGACACAAACUCUGUUGAAAGAAGUCCCUAAAUUCAUAAAAAGAUUUCCAAAAAAAGAGAAUCUCAAAGGAUAAGAUAAGUAUAAUAAUAAAAUUGA